CAAUGUGGUUAAUUUUAGGUUCGCCUUUUUCCUCACAUAGCAUGUAAGGCUGUAUAAUCGAUUCAGAAUUCUGUUUUAAUACAUAUACAAUGCAGUUAUAUUAUUGUCAUCUUUCCUGUGUGCAGAUGGCAUGCCUUGUGAAAAUAAAGUGUAUGCGUAGCCAUGUGCGUGUUUAGAGCCGUAUGGAUAAUAGUCAAGUCCCGAAUCAGUUCUAUGCUAACAUUUAUGACGUCCCCGAUGGCACUACAGGAGAGAAUCAGAGUGGUGCUGCUGGCAUGUGGCUCCUUCAACCCCAUCACCAAUAUGCACCUGCGCAUGUUUGAGCUGGCACGGGAUCACCUGGAAGAUACCGGAAGGUACAGAGUAGUAAAGGGUAUCAUCUCUCCUGUUGGUGAUGCCUAUAAGAAGAAGGGUCUGAUUGAGGCGUGUCAUCGAGUGGAGAUGGCCAAAUUAGCGACCGAGAACUCCAGCUGGAUCAGUGUAGAUGACUGGGAGAGUCAGCAGGCUGAGUGGGUGGAAACAGCCAAAGUUAUCAGACACCAUCAUGCUGAGUUAUCAUCAGCGGUGGAGAGCCUUGACGAGGUGGACACGGUAAAGUUCCCAAAGAAAAGAAGAGUGGAGGAAAAUGAGGAAAGUUCAUCAGAUCACAACAGAUCAGAAACUCUUCAGCUCAAGCUGUUGUGUGGAGCAGACGUGCUGGAAUCCUUCAGUAUCCCCAAUCUGUGGAAGAAGGAGGACAUUGCCGAAAUUGUGGGCCGCUUUGGGCUUGUGUGCAUCACCAGAAGUGGCUGUGAUGCAGAGAGGUUUGUCUACCAGUCUGACAUGCUGCACAAAUAUCGUAAGAACAUCCACAUCGUGAGGGAAUGGGUGACCAAUGAGAUCUCUGCCACGCACGUGAGACGAGCUGUGUGCAGGGGCCAGAGCGUGCGCUACCUGCUGCCUGAGCCUGUGGUGCGCUACAUCCAAGAUCAACAUCUGUACAGUGCUGAGAGUGAGCAGAAGAACGCAGACGUCGUCCUUGCUCCUCUUCAGAGAUAUAACAGGGCAGCUGAAUAAGCUACUGCACUCUGUGUGUGUGUGUGUGUGUGUGUGUGUGUGUGUGUGUGUGUGUGAGAGCUGCCAAACCCUUGCUCCAUAGAGCCAAUGCACUUCACCAGCUACAAUGUAGAAAUAUGGCACCCUUAAUACACUAGACAUCUUUUGGAAAAGAAUCAGGGUUUACAAAUGCAAAUGAUUUUUACAAGCCACUCUUUGCACUCUAUAAAACAUCUAAUUAUCCAAAUAAAACUCCUGAAGCUUUUGGUAAUUAGUUGGUCCAUGUUUUUUUUUUUAGGGUCUUAUAUUGAGGGUGUUAUAAUAUAGUAAAAGUCCUAAUAUUUCUGGGCAACUGCUGAAACCAAUUUUAUUAAGAAUAUUUUCUUGACACUAUCAGUGUGUUCAGUCCUGUUGUCUUAUACAUGCACAAUUGUUUGGAUUUAUUUUCUUAAUAAAAUAGCUAUGUGUAAA